AUGCCUUUGAUCACGGUAUCACCCUUAACAACAUCAUUUAUACCCGAACCGCUCCGAUGGGACACUGCUUCGGCCCUUGCAGGCAUUGGUUCCUGGGCGAAUGAGUCCCCCCCACGCUGUCGACAAGCAUGGUUAAGAGCAACAGCAACCACUCCCAUCAGCUCGGACUUUAUGGCUGCGAACUCCGAUUUUGAAUUCUACAAUGGCGAGAUAAUGACUGGGAAUGAUGCGACGCCGCUUCUGAGAUAUGUAAUGGAGCACGACGAAGUACCAGUUCAGGAGAGGUUGAUUAGGAGGAUGGUAGCCGACGAAUUCGAUGAAUUAUGUUUGUAAUCCAGGAUAUUCAUCACAUUGCCAU